AGCGGGGCUGCCCAACGCCCAAGCGCAGCUAUAGGUAGGUAAUAUCGGGGGGUCCUCCUUGAGGCUCUCGACGGACAACGACGGCGCCUAGACCUUCUAUAAAGGGACUACGCUGGCCUAGUGCUAGAUAGUCCUCUCCCCUCCCUCUCACCUGAAAGUAGUCUUAUAGGCGGAGAAACCAGUCAUGGGUCGCUCCAGAGGCGGCUGCAUUACGUGCAAGACGAGGAAGCGGAAAUGUGACGAGACCCGUCCGGCUUGCCUCGCCUGCCAGAACCGCCCCGGUGGCUGCGGCGGGUACGGGGUGCGGCUGCGUUGGGACAACGGGAUUGCCUCGCGUGGCCGCUUCGCCGGUGCGUCCACGCCCGCUGAACGCGAGUCUUCGCCCGAGAAGAGCAACACGUCAGACGACGUCCCGAGCACACAAGCCGGCUCGUGGGCAUCCAGCCCGUCCGUCCAAGCCCAGCCCUCGAGCGAGCAGGCCCUCCCGGAGCUCGACGAGGCCGAGGAAGAUCGACGGGUUUUCCAGGAAUUCCUCAGAUCGGGCAUACAGAUGUUGUUCUCGAGUAAAAAGGGCGACUGGCAUCAGGCGAGCUUCUUGCAGGUCAUUGAUGAAUCGAAGGCCAUCGUGGCCGUCUGUGUUGCCCUGCAACUAUCGCUAGACGAGAAUAAUUUCGAAAGGUUUCACCAGGCCUACGAUAAAGCCGUCCAGCUCUUCAAGGAUGAGCUCCUCGAGAGCCAAGGAACGCUCAAACGGGGGGCCCUAGGCGCCGGACUGCUCCUCUGCUCCGUUUCCUUUAUCCAAACGAUACCAUGGACCAACAUUCUACACUGUAUAGCAGAUCUAUACAACUUUCACGGCGAUCUCACCGAGCUCAACCCCCAUGUCGACCCGUAUACCUACCACUUCUUCGAGGUCUUGGGGGUCAUGGACCUCCCCAAUUUGGUCCUUGGCAGGCAAACUCGUCGGCUUCAAUUCUGGCGGCGGUUUCGUCGGGCCCAGGUACAGUGGGACCAUUGUGUGGACGGCGGCGUCGAGUCUGUCUCUGGUGUUCCUCGGAAACUUUUGGACAUAAUCGCUCGCAUCGGCGAGCCCGGCGUCGAAGAAGAACUGUGGAUCUGGACCGGGGAAGUUGGAGAGCUUCUUCAGACCCAUCUGUGGGAUGCCUGGCGUUAUGCCGGCAUACUUGUCAUCAGGCGGCAGCGAGGGAAGGACUCGACAUCGGCUCCGGCCGAUCCUGAUAUUACCCACACCGCCAUGGACUCCCGCCUCCCAUGCACAGAGGUCGUCCUAUGUCGUCUUGUUAGUGCGCUUGAUGCGUUGCGGGUAGGGCUUGAGCGAGUGGAAUACCAGCACCUGCUCGUACUCAACGGCACCCUAUUCCCUUAUGUUUCCGCUUCUGCCGAGUUUCGACUGCUCCGCCAACACCCAGAGUGGAAACAGGCCUUAAACAGCAUGCGAGAUCAACGCGCCAAGGGAGACACUAGCAAAAGUACGCAGGCCCUAUUUGGGAUGAUCGAUGAAGCCUGGGACAGAGGUGACGAUAUUUUUGACCCCGAACAGGCCGCAGCCUCCAGAGGAGUCGAGCUCGCCUUGUUUUAGCCACCUUCCUAUUGUUGGUGUCAAGACAACCAUGUUUGGAAUACCACGUCGUGCCAAUGUCAUCUAUAUGAGUGUGCGUGGAGCAGCCG